CAUGAUCGUCGAGAAUGAUGUUGGCCGGCCUGGUGUAUUUAACUGAAGUGCCUGGAACUCAUUAGACAGUAAAGACCUAAAGAAAUUGCUACAACUUACGUGCAAGAGUUGGACUGUGGUGAACGUGACUAACAUGUCAAGCUACAGAAGUAGAAACGAGCAAAUCCUUGCUGAACUUUUGUCCAGCAUACAAGAAGCCCCUUCAGAGCAACUAAGUAAGCAUAAAACUUUAUGUAUAGUGAGUGGACUCCAGAAGGCUCAGACUCAAUUGUAGUAAUAAAUUAUGUGAUUUGUAUAUGAAUUUCAGACUGAGACUGAAGAAUGAAAGUCAAGAUUAUGAGGAUGGUGUUGAUGCUCUGCCCUUCCUGUACCGAGUCCUCCACCAGCUAGCCUCUCGCUGGAACUCUCUCUCCCUACAACUGAGUGUCAGUGGCCAGGAUGAGAUCCAACGCAAUGCCCGCAGUGCCGACAUUUGUCUGGCAGUGAGUCUGGUGGAGUGGCUACAGAGUGGCCAGGCCACCUGGAAGGCUCUGGUGGAGGCUGUCUUCAGACCUGCUGGUGGGGGACACCAGGUCCUGGCCAGAGACAUCGCCAGGAACUAUAAGGGUCUCUGUCAGUUUAGACCAAACAGCUUUGCUGCAACUGUCCAGCCCAUGGAGUUAGGUAAGACAUUCCUCAUCCGUACAGUCUGUUUUAUUGUCAUCAGAGGAGUCGGUGAGACUGAUACAGAAGAUGCUCAACAACUCUGUGGCUGCUCGCUGGUACCAGAUGGGUGUGGUAAUGGGGGUGCCCCCUCUGAUCUGGAGAUAAUCAGAGAGAGUCCCGAGUACCACGGGGCAGGGGAGAGAGAAGCUGGCAUGUUGAAGGCCUGGCUGGAGAGAGGCUCUCUGCCCAGGACAUGGCAGGUGUUGGUGGAUACAGUAGAGGACAGAGCUGGUGGCAAUCAUAAAGUCCUGGCAAAGAAGAUUGCAAACUCUCCCCUGGACACUUUCCAGGUGGCACCAAGUUCGCCACAAGCUAGAAACAGUGCUAGCGCCGGUCAACCUGCUCUGAAUCCUGCAUCCACAAGAACAUUAGACUCCACCCCCAGUCUGAGAGACCUGUCAGUGUUCAAGACCAGAUCAGGAGAGAAGAUUGAGAUCAUCAAGUCCCUGGCCCCAGACUGGAAGUCAUUUGGUGUCCACCUCAACUUUGACGACAUGGGGUCCCAGCUGUCACUCAUUGAGGCUCAGCACGGCCAGAGUAACCCACAGAGCUGCUGCCGGGACAUGGUGAUCCACUGGCUGCUGGGGAAUGGGGAGGGGCCCACCACCUGGAGAACUCUGCUGGCCCUGCUGGAGGAUGGCGAGAGGGCCUACCUCGCUGACAGGAUCAGGAGAGAACUAACUGACCCUGCAUAUGAACCAACAUUACACAAAGCUCCAUAGAUGUUUGUGUAAUUAUAUAUAUAGCUAAUUGUCACUCACAACUCUUUCAAUAUUAAAUUAAAACAAAGUUAUCCAAGCCAGCAAUUAAUAUUCUGACUUUUCAAGAUUGUUGUUC